GCGCCUGCGCGCUGCUGGAGCUCCGUGGAGUCGCUCCCCGCGCCCGGGUACCCAGCGGGAGACGCGUUGUCGCCGAGGAUCAUGAACCGCAGCCGCCAAGUGACCUGCGUGGCCUGGGUCCGGCGCGGCGUGGCCAAAGAGACGCCGGACAAGGUAGAGCUAAGUAAAGAGGAAGUUAAGCGUCUCAUCGAUGAAGCAAAAGAAAAAUUGCAAGAAGAAGUUGACAGUGAGGAAGAGGAGGCAGGCAGUCCUUCAGAAGAUGGCAUUCAGACUGUCCGGACCCAGGCACGGCCUAGGGAGCCCCUGGAGGACGGUGACCCACAGGAUGACCGCACACUAGAUGACGUUGAGCUGGCUGAGUAUGACUUGGAUAAUUAUGACGAAGAGGCCAGCCCAGAUGCUGAGACUCUUGGUGAAUCUCUGUUGGGUCUUACAGUGUACGGCAGUAAUGAUGAAGACCCGUAUGUCACCCUGAAAGAUACGGAACACUAUGAGCAUGAAGAUUUCUUGAUUAAACCCACUGACAACUUCAUCAUUUGUGGCCGUGCCGAACAGGAGCAAUGCAAUUUAGAGGUGCAUGUCUACAAUCAAGAGGAGGAAUCUUUCUAUGUCCACCACGACAUACUCCUGUCCGCAUACCCUCUCAGUGUGGAAUGGCUGAACUUUGAUCCUAGCCCAGAUGCUUCCUCUGGAAACUAUAUUGCUGUGGGAAACAUGACGCCUGUUAUUGAGGUGUGGGACCUGGACAUAGUGGACUCUCUAGAGCCAGUCUUCACACUGGGAAAUAAGCUCUCAAAAAAGAAGAAGAAGAAAGGAAAGAAGAGUUCCUCAGCAGAAGGGCAUUCUGAUGCUGUCCUUGACCUUUCCUGGAAUAAGACAGUCAGAAAUGUGCUGGCAAGUGCGUCAGCAGACAGCACUGUAAUUCUCUGGGAUAUGACUGUGGGGAAGCCAGCAGCCAGGCUCACAGCACAAACAGACAAGGUGCAGACUCUGCAGUUUCAUCCAUUUGAAGCACAAACUCUGAUUUCUGGGUCAUAUGAUAAGUCAGUGGCUCUGUAUGACUGCCGGAAUCCCAACGAGAACCAUCGCCUGUGGCGGUUCAGUGGGCAGAUCGAGAGAGUGACCUGGAACCACUUCUCACCGUGUCAUUUUUUGGCCAGUACAGAUGACGGCUUUGUGUAUAAUCUGGAUGCACGUUCAGAUAAGCCAAUCUUUACACUUAAUGCACACAACGAUGAGAUCUCUGGUCUUGAUCUGAGCAGUCAAGUCAAGGGCUGCCUCGUGACUGCUUCAGCAGACAGAUAUGUGAAGAUCUGGGACAUCCUAGGGGACAAGCCAAGCCUCGUUCAUUCUAGAGACAUGAAAAUGGGAGUUCUCUUCUGUUCUUCAUGCUGUCCUGAUUUGCCAUUUGUUUAUGCCUUUGGAGGUCAGAAAGAAGGGCUUCGAGUUUGGGACAUAAGCACUGUCUCUUCGGUGAAUGAAGCCUUUGGAAGACGGGAGAGACUGGUUAUUGGCAGCACAAAAGGCUUGUCUGUUAGUGGUCCUUGCGGGAGUGGGAGCCCACAGACACCAAUGGAGUCCUGAGAAAGUUACAAUCUCCUGGGAUUUUAUAUGAACUUGGGGUUUUGAAAAGCUGGCCUAAAAAUGUUCCGUGUGUAGCUGCAGCCAUACGAUGAUGACAACACAAUUCAGUUCCUGUUGCCACUCUGCAGCUUUGGUGGCAGUCCACAGCCUCUGUCUGCUUGCCUUCAUCUGGGUGUUGUACAGUUCUUGCAUUUCUUGAAAAUAAAAGUUUUUAAAAAAUGA